AGAAUCAGACCAUAUCCAUAGCAAACCAACAUGUCAACUACAGUUUCCUUCUUUGCCCCUCAUAUUUCAGUAUGCAAAUCACAAGACUUUCCAAAAGAUACAAGAAGCACCACCAGACAAAACCCAUGUCCAAAAUCAACUUUAGAGAUCAAAUUCAACAGGAGUAAACUGUUGAAAACCAUUGGCCUUAGCCUCAUAAGCAACACAGGCACUGGUGCACUUGCAGCAAGAGCAGAACCGGAGAGUCCAGUCGCUGCCGCUUCAAAUAGAAUAUCUUAUUCAAGAUUCUUGGAGUACCUUAAUAAAGGUGCUGUCAUGAAGGUGGAUUUGUUUGAGAAUGGGACGGUAGCAAUUGCUGAGAUAUUGAAUCCUACCCUUGAAAAGAUCCAGAGAGUGAAGGUUCAGUUGCCUCGAUUACAACAAGGCCUUCUGACGGAACUAAGAGAGAAAGAAGUGGAUUUUGCAGCUCAUCCAAAGGAAAUGGACAUAGCAGCUGCUGCUAUCGACUUGCUGGCGAACUUUGCUUUUCCAUUGAUAUUUCUUGGUGCUUUACUCUUGAGAUCGUCAUCUACAAACACACCUGGAGGGCCAAACUUGCCGUUUGGACUAGGAAGGAGCAAGGCCAAGUUCCAAAUGGAGCCCAAUACAGGUAUAACAUUUGAUGAUGUAGCUGGUGUUGAUGAAGCAAAACAAGAUUUUCAGGAGGUUGUAGAGUUCCUCAAGACCCCAGAAAAGUUUUCUGCUGUUGGUGCAAGGAUUCCCAAAGGUGUUCUUCUGGUGGGUCCACCAGGGACCGGGAAGACGCUCCUGGCCAAGGCCAUAGCCGGAGAAGCUGGAGUGCCUUUCUUUUCACUCUCUGGAUCAGAGUUCAUUGAAGUGUUUGUGGGUGUAGGGGCAUCUCGAGUAAGGGAUUUAUUUAACAAGGCGAAGAUGAACUCGCCCUGUUUGGUUUUCAUUGACGAAAUAGAUGCUGUUGGAAGGCAGAGAGGAACUGGAAUUGGUGGAGGAAAUGAUGAGAGGGAGCAAACACUGAAUCAGCUUCUCACAGAAAUGGAUGGCUUUAGUGACAGUGGAGUCAUUGUUAUUGCUGCUACUAAUAGACCUGAGAUCCUUGAUUCUGCUUUACUCAGGCCAGGAAGGUUUGACAGACAGGUAAGUGUUGAUCUACCAGAUGUGACAGGAAGGGAAGAAAUACUAAAAGUUCAUAGCAAGAACAAGAAGCUUGGCGAAAAUGUGUCCCUAAGUGUGAUUGCCAUGCGAACUCCAGGGUUCAGUGGUGCUGAUCUAGCCAAUCUCAUGAAUGAAGCAGCUAUUCUUUCUGGCCGAAGAGGCAAGGAUAAGAUUACUUUGAAAGAGAUCGAUGACUCAAUUGAUAGAAUCAUUGCAGGAAUGGAAGGAACUCAGAUGACAGACGGAAAGAACAAGAUGUUAGUAGCUUAUCACGAAAUUGGUCAUGCAAUUUGUGCGACUCUGACUCAAGGGCAUGAUGCAGUGCAAAAAGUAACAUUGAUUCCUAGGGGGCAAGCUCGUGGGCUAACAUGGUUUAUGCCUAAUGAAGAUCCAUUGCUAACCUCUAAGCAACAACUUUUUGCUAGAAUAGUGGGUGGUCUAGGAGGUAGAGCAGCAGAAGAAGUCAUUUUUGGUGAACCAGAAAUCACGACUGGUGCAGCAGGGGACUUGCAACAGAUCACCCAAAUAGCAAGACAGAUGGUUACGAGAUUUGGAAUGUCAGAGAUCGGGACAUGGUCACUGAUCGAUCCAGCGGUACAAAGCAGUGAUGUGGUACUAAGGAUGUUGGCAAGAAACUCAAUGUCUGAAAAACUAGCAGAAGACAUAGAUACAUCAGUGAAAUGCAUAAUCGAGAAGGCGUACGAGAUAGCAAAAUCACAUAUAAGGAACAACAGAGAUGCGAUCGACAAAUUAGUAGAUGUGAUAUUGGAGAAAGAAACCCUUACCGGCGACGAAUUCAGAGCAAUCUUGGCCGAAUUUUCCGAUGAGAGCAACACCGCCUGUGAAUUAAUCAAGGCCUAG